AUGUCUUCCCGAGCUUUAAGAAAGCUCCAGAAACUUCAAGAACAAGAACAUGCAAAUGAUUCACCGGAUGAGCUGGAUGACAAUUUGCACAGCUUACAUAGUUUCCAAAAACUACAACCUAAAUUCAAUGCGUUUGACUUGCUAGAGAGCCAGGAUGCAGAAGACAAAUCCGAUUCAGAGACCUCAAUCCCGGAGCCGAUUCAGACGCCAGAAAAGCCUUCUACUCCUUCAAAACCCCUGGAUACUAAGAAAAGGAAGAAAAAGAAAAAAGGUGUCAAGAAAGCAGCAAGUCCUAUAGAGUCCAAACCCACUGCUGUCCCCCCUGCGGAAGAGUCGGAACUGGAUGAGAUUGACCUCGCAUUAAAAGCUUUGUCUGCCAAACAGCCAUUGCGAAAUGACGUCGCGCCACUGGACUCGGACCAGAAUUCAUGGCGCACUGAAUUUGGAUGUCCAUCUGAGGAACCUAAUGAACUUCUUGCAAUCGAUCCGCGACGCCUCAAUGCAAUCAACGAGAUGAAAAAGUUAUUCGGCAAUGUGGUGUUAGAAAGUACCAACGAAGCUUCUAGUGCAGGAGCAGGGCGAAGAAACAGAAAUCAACAUCUGGAUCUUGGACGGGCGCUGAUGGGGCGUUAUAACCCUGUGAGUCGUGGGCAGGAUCUUGCGGGAGCGACGCUGCGUAAAAAUGUCUUGAUGCAGGCAAAGGAUGAAUGGCCGCGGGCGACCAGCGGAGGACUUGGGAUGGAGGUAGUGCAGAGCCUUCACUCCGACAGAGCGGAAUAUAAACUCGUUCAUAACAAAGCUUACGAGGAUGCUCAAAGGCAGUUUGACCUGUGUGUUGAGUCGAUGGAACCGGAGAGAAUGAUACACCAUCUGCAAUACAAUCCGUACCACAUCUCAAGCCUGUUACAAGUCUCCGAGAUUGCCAAACAUCAAGGCGACCAUGCAGUCUCAGGAGAUCUCCUCGAAAGAGCGUUGUUUACUAUUGGCCGCUCGGUCCACUCCUCAUUUAGCACUCGCUUAAAACAAGGGAAAUCACGAUUGAACUUUAACAUUGCCGCCAACCGUGAAUUUUGGCUUUCAGGCUGGAGAUAUAUCAAGAAUUUGGAGAUGAAAGGUACAUUGAAAACCGCGUACGAGUGGGCAAAGCUACUCCUAAGCCUGGACCCCGGGGAUCCGUACUCCAUCAAUUUGAUAAUUGAUUCUCUAGCUAUCAGAGGACGAGAGCAGGAUCAUUUCAUCAAACUAUGCUCUCAUCCGUAUUUUAGUAAACGUUGGCAGAACUUUCUUAAUAUCCAAUGCUCACUUGCGCUGGCCUAUCUUCUCCAAGGGAAACCCGUCGAAUGUCGUUCACAGUUGCGGAAGGUGAUGUCUCAUUACCCCUGGGUAUUUUGCCGUUUAUUUCAGGAACUCAAUAUCGAGCCCAUACCGAAGUCCAUAUGGGCAGUGCAGCCUCCCAACGAAACGCACUGCUUGUUUUGCGAACUCUACAUUGCGAGAGCUAAGGAUAUCUGGAAUACCCCUGAGGCAAUCUCUGUUCUCGUCGAGGUUGCAGACACUCUUACUAAAUCUAAAGAGGAAGUACAAUCUCCUGAGAUCACACUGGAUAUUGCUCGUCAUGUCCUGUUGUCAGAUAUUCCGUCAGUCACCACGCAUCUGCCUCACCACUUUUCUGCGGAACGAAUGUCGGCCUCAGACCCCCUGCCGCCAGGCCCGCAGAUGGAUUUGUCGCUAAAUACGCAUCCCGUGAGGAUAUUUGACGACGCAAGACAGUUAUUCGGGCUCCCUGGAGAAGAGGCCAUUGGCGAUGUCGAGAACGAGCCGGAGGAUUCUGAGGAUGAAGAACCACCAGAUCGACGUCCAACUGAUGGUGAUGGUGAUGAGGUUGAAGAUCAAGCUGAUGAUGAUUUAUCAUCUCCUGAGGAAUAUCUUUUCAACCGUGGGCUACAAGAUUUGCAAGACUUUUUACUGGUAAAUGGGGUAGAUCGGGGGAAUUGGAAUGCUGAUGAUGACUUAAAUCCAGUGACCGUUUGGGUUAGAAGACUACGUCGACUAGACCGGGAGGUCUGGGAUUCUGUUAUACGCGAUGCAGCAGCCGAACUCGACUCACCCCUAGUCGCUGAUAUACUCUUGGAUGAGUUGCAAUUGCAGGAAGAUGUAAAUCGUUGA